AGCAUGCUAAUUCACUCUUCGUCUGGGCCCUUCUUGGAGCCCCCUUCUAUCUCUCACGCAGACGGAUUGUGAUGGAGGGAACGAAGGCGGAGGUGGGGACUUUGGAAUCGUCGCUCCUCCAAAUCGUUCAGGAACACCAACAGAGAUCCAUCCGGAUCCGAGAUCGAAAAGAUAAGGCAAAGAGGGACGCUUUAAGAUCUGCAACACAUGUUUCUGAACUUCUGGUUGACACUGUCAAUGGAGGAGUUGAAGAAUCCUUCAUCAACGAGAAGCGUAUUGAACUUGAAAUACGAGCAUUAGCUAGUACUAUCAUGCGCUAUAAGAAGCAAACAAAUCAAUGGCUGGCUGCUUCCCAUGGAUUGAAUACUAUUUUAAAGGAGAUUGGAGACUUUGAGAACUGGAUGAAGAUCAUGGACUUUGAUUGUAAAAGCAUCAAUGCUGCAAUUCGCAACAUUCAUCAGACAUGACUGCAUGCACCAGACAACAAGAGACAUUACCUUGCCCAAUCAAUCUUGUGAAUCCCCUUGGACUAUGUCAUGCUGAAUUUUGGUUUUUUGAAACCAUUCUUGGCUGCUUUUUCAUCAGUUACAACCAUUACUGCAAUUGGUGCUUCUGCAAUUUCCUUUUUUCUGUGUAAAAUUGUCAUCAUUUGGAUGUAUCAACAAUCAUAACAACCAUACUGAUUCUUUAUACGUAACUUGUAUAGAAUUUGUGAUCCUACAUGGAUUUUUUGUGGUGACUGUUAUGAUACCUGCUCACCGGGUAAAGAGAUGUAAGCUGAUGGAUGUAGUUCUCUUCUGAUACCUCUGCAACAUCUAUUAAUGAAGACAAGCUAAAAGUCGAAGGGCUUAAAUUAUUCACAGUCAA